UCUCCUGUUUAGUUUAGUCUGUUUCCUGUCUCUGAUUAUCCUAAUUUGGUGGAAUAUUCAUUCCCAGCCUUCCACAAACCAAAUGUUCCUCAGAGGGAAAGUUAUCAGGAGAAAAGCAUAUAAACCCAAUAAGAAUAUGCCUGAUAUCUCAAGUCAAGUUUUGGUGCAAGGGCAAGCUAGGGGUCAAGACUUUGCAUUGAGCUCUGGGGUGGGUGGUGGGGGAUGCAGUUGGUUGUCGAUGGUGUAGUUACUUAUUUAGACAGAGAUGAUUCCCAGGAGCUCUGGCCAUGGUGUAGCUGAGCCCGGCGCAGGUGGCCUACCUGGCCUUCCCCGGGGAGCUGCUGCUGCGGAUGCUGCGCAUGGUGAUCCUGCCGCUCGUGGUCUGCAGCCUGGUGUCGGGAGCCGCCAGCCUGGACACCCGCUCGCUCGGCCGCCUGGGAGGCAUCGCCGUCGCUUAUUUCCUAGGGACCACGCUGCUGGCGUCCGGCCUCGCCGUCGCUCUCGGCUUCAUCAUCCGUCCCGGCGCCGGAGCCGCCGGCCUUAACGCCCCCAGCCUGACGGGCGCCGUGCCCACCAGCAAGGAGACGGUGGACUCCUUCCUCGACCUCAUCAGAAACCUGUUCCCUGCAAAUCUUGUUGCUGCAGCUUUCCAAACGUAUGCGACAGACUACAGGAUGCUGUCCAGAAACACUACCUCUGGAAAUGUCACGUGGGAAAAGAUCCCUGUUGGUACUGAGGUCGAAGGGAUGAAUAUCCUGGGACUGGUGCUGUUUGCUCUGGUUUUAGGGGUAGCACUGAAAAAGCUUGGCCAGGAAGGGGAAGAUCUGAUUCGCUUCUUUAAUUCAUUCAAUGAGGCAACUAUGGUCGUGGUUUCCUGGAUUAUGUGGUAUGUACCUAUUGGCAUCAUGUUCCUUAUUGGGAGCAAGAUUGUUGAAAUGGAAGAUAUUGUGGUUCUGGUGACCAGUUUGGGAAAAUACAUCUUCGCCUCUAUUCUGGGCCACUUCAUCCAUGGAGGAAUCAUUCUGCCACUUAUUUAUUUUGCAUCCACACGUCAAAAUCCGUAUCGUUUUCUCUUGGGACUUAUCACACCAUUUGCCACUGCUUUUGCCACUUGUUCCAGCUCAGCCACUCUCCCGUCAAUGAUGAAAUGUAUUGAGGAGAACAAUGGAGUUGACAAGAGGAUCAGCAGGUUUAUCCUUCCUAUCGGGGCGACUGUAAACAUGGAUGGAGCUGCGAUCUUCCAGUGCAUGGCAACUGUGUUCAUUGCUCAGCUGAACAAUGUGGACCUCAACGCUGGGCAAAUCUUCACAAUUCUUGUGACAGCUACUGCAUCCAGUGUGGGUGCAGCCGGGAUCCCAGCCGGAGGAGUCCUCACCAUCGCCAUCAUCUUGGAGGCCAUUGGACUUCCGACCAACGAUCUCUCCUUGAUAUUAGCGGUGGACUGGAUUGUGGACCGAACCACCACAGUUGUGAAUGUGGAAGGGGAUGCCCUGGGAGCAGGCAUCCUCAAUUACCUGAACGAAAAGGAAAAGAAAGACAAAGAACAGGAGCUAAAGGAAGUCAACGUAGAAGCAGUUGCUAACAGCAAGUCUGAAGCGGAAACAUCGCCUUUGGUAACCCACAAAAACCAAGUCUCCAACACGAGCAGUACAGCAGACCCUGAAUCCAAGGAAUCAGUAUUGUGAUGAUGCUGUUCGUCAGCACGUGUCCUAGAGGUGGACCAGGGACUUGCUAACGCACCUAGACCUUUGCAGUGCUAACAAGGGCUGGAUGGCUCUUGAAAGCUUUCAGUUCCAGUCUGUUUUGGGAUAUGCUGGCCUAGGGAAGGGGAGGGAGGUGGGGUGGGCAGAGAAGGGGUGUUGAGAAAGAACACUCCCUUUAUAGUAGUAUUUUGAUAAUUCAUGUGUGUACAUGUGUAUGUGCUGCACACGCACACACAUACACAUGUACGUGGAAACUGCCAUUGAAACUUCUGGUUUAACAAGGCUUCUGUUAGUAAAGGCUCAUAUGGGUUGGAGGUGGGGAAGUAGACAAACCCAGUAUGUGCUUGUGAUAGGGAAAAAUUAGUAAGCUUAUUGUGCUGCUGUUUGAAUGGAGAUGCAGGCUAGGAACUCCAGAGUGGGGGAAAAUGUUGCUUGAACUUCGUUUCUGGCCUGGAAACAUGUAUUGACCGUUACAGACAUGAUACGAAGCAACAUUUUUUGCCUACUCCUUUUCCUCUUCCAUUCUCUUCUCCAAUCCCUUAAAAACAUCAAAUAUGUCCUGAAAAAUAGCUUUGUUUUUUUUCCAUAUCUGAAUUAAUAGCUUGUUCCAUUCCACUCCCUGCAGUGCAGCUCAUAGCAGCUUUUCUGCCUUUUGGUAAGUCACUCCCAAACUUUGGGACCAAACAUAGAUCUUCAUGCAGAUCAAGGACUGGUUUUCUCCUUUCCUUUAACCAAGCUGUUAAGGAAAAAAACCCAGAGGAAACACAAAUUUUGUUAAAGUAAUCUCUCGGGAGCUGAAGAAAAUGUCAAGUCUGUUCCAGCAUAAAUAGGUCUGAAAGAAGCUUGCCUGUGACAGCAUCAAGAGAUCAAGAAGUCAGUUCCCUUCACGCAGACUCCUUUGCUAGCACGCUAUGUGCUACUCCUGUUUGUUUAAUGGGUCAGUCCAAACAAGUUACAUCAUAUCCCUCUUCCAGCAAAAUUGAACAGGGGAAGAAAAACUCUGAGCACACAUCAUGUGGGAACUGACGACAGGCAAGUCUGAGUGCUGGCUGGAAAGGGGAAGAGGUGGGUUUAUAACCCCACAUAGGGCAGUGAUGUGUGUGUUGGGGCAGCUGCGUACCUGUUCCUCGAGUUUGGUCCUUCUAUAAAUGUUUUUUCUGGCAGCAGCUUAACAUUUAGUACUUGUGGGUGGUGCUGGGCCAGGGUAACACGUAGCAGCAGAUGGUAACCUUUGCUUGAGGCUGAGCAAAACGCUUCUCGAUUCUGACUCCAUCUUUUCCCCUUUACAACCUACUUGCUGCAUUUGCACCCCGAACCUGAACACAGUCCAGCAGAACUCAUUGCAAAACUACUAUUGAUUUAUCUGGGCUUUUUGGACAGCACAUAGUUAUGAAAUUAUAUCUGUGCAUAUGCCAAGGUUUGCCUGGACUUGCGACACUUCCUCUUGGCUACUUUAGCAAGAUGGCUGCAUAUAGUCAGUCUCCACACUGUUAAUUCAGCAAUAUACAUUUACACUUAGCUUUGAUAUAAAGUAAUGCUGAGUCUCCCUUUUUUCUUUCUCCUGUCUUGCUUCAGAGGAAGCUAUCUUGGAAGGAUACCCAGCUGCUGAUGCAUAUGGUCACGGCACUAGGAAAAGGCACCUUCAGUUUCAUGCAAUUUGCAAAGCAUCCUUCCUGGUAAAGGGACACGAUGAGCGUUGCAAAAAAAGAUGCUCAGAGUGAGAUGUGGCUGCCUCUGAGGGAAAACACAGUGAGUGCAUCCAACGUGGCUCUUCAGUCAAGUGCAGGAGGGCUGUGCAAACAAUUGAAGUAGGAAAGCAUUAGUCAGCCCACUGAGCAACUGCAGGUGGACUUUCUUUUUAACCAGUUUAUUUAUAGCCAUAUCCACAAAAUUUGGUCAUUCCUUGGCUCCUCUUCAGAAUGGAAGGAGACAAACACAAUUUUCUCUAGGGACAUCCUUUGCCCAGUAUUUAUUAUUCCAUUUUUAGCAGAUCAAGACUCGCUGAAACUUUGCAUUUCCUCCCAUUAGAUUCGUCCCAACUCCUUUCAACUCAGGAAACCAAAAGCGCACUUUGUAGCUGACAGUGAAAGUCAACAAAUAAGAUGUGUUUUGAAAAAUGCUGGAGGUUUGAAAAUGUGGGUCUCAAAAACCUUUUUUUUUAAAGAAAAUAACCCAAACCCAAGUAUUUAUUUGAAAAAUCUGAAUGCACCAGAACCCCAAAUACUUUGAUUUUAAAGUAGUAUGUGUCUGUCUCAAGGAAGCUGAAAAACAAGACUGUGCCUUGUGGGCUGGGUUCUGUAGUUGCAUUUUAUCCCCCUUCAGACAGCUUAGCUCCUCUGAUGCUCUCCCUCACCAUGACACGUGCAGCUGGGAUGAGGACGUGAGAGCAGGCAGCACUCUCAUGACAUUUCCCAUGGAGCAUCACAGCACCCUUGUAGACUAGAAUAUUUCCCAAGUUUUACUUUUUUUAACCCAAAGGCUGUUAUUGCUCACAGUUGAAAGUAUUCUCCUGGACAAGUCCAAAGGCUGGACUUCCUCAAAGGCAGCACCUUCCCAUUGCUUUCUUCCUUGUGGUGCUGCAGCUUGAUUGCGCCUCACUUGUAAUAGCGUGCCAUAGGCUGCAGCACAUUCCUUCAUCAUAGAAUCAUCAUGGAAUGGUUUGGGUUGGAAAGGACCUUAUGAUCAUCUAGUUCCAACCCCCUGCCAUGGGCAGGGAUGCCUCACAUUAGACCAUGUCGCCCAUGUCCUUCUGGCAGCAGAUCCCAGGAAAUGGUAAAUGAAAGCCAAUACUGAAGAGCUGCCGUAGUAUUUCCCAGUAUGCGGAAUCUCAGAGUCUUUGCUGAAGGAUGCCUCUCCCAGUCCCUACAUUUUGCAUCAAUGGGAGUGGCUAGUCCCAUGUAAAGCUUGUUAGAGCAGUCAGAUUUAAGGAAGUCUUAAUUGUUCUCAUAGUAGGAAUUUAACCAAGGAAACCUAACACUCCUUCUCCUCAAAAUAGGUGCUGUGGGGUUUAUAUGAAUCACUGGUAUUUGGGUUUUAACCAGAAACCUGUAAUCUUACAGAAGCCGUUCUUUAGACUUACAGAGAUGCCAGUUCUGUUCUUGCACAGCAAGAGGGAUCUAUGGAAGCAGGAAUGCUGGGUAACUACUGCUUGUCAAAAGAUCUUCUUUGUCUUUUCUGUGUCAUCUGUGUCAGAAAUAGCAUUUCUUGGUUGUCUGUGAUGUUCCCAUUCCUCAUGAUAGCCAUCCCGCAUCUCCUAGGGCUCUCCACCCGGCUUCACAUUGUUUUUGAUUAAGGUACAAAUGUGAAAUACCCAACAUUACACUCCUUUGGACUGUAAGAUACUUGACACAUUGCAGGAACUGCCCUUGUAACGAUGUGAAUCCUGAUCGAAAGCCCGAUGAGACAGAAGACUUGCCAUGUGCUCCAAGUGGGUAAGGCCACUGGGAGAGAACUGAAAGGGCUGUUGAAAGGGGUGCGUUUCGGAUGCUGUCCUUGACCUGCAGUGCAAUGUGUUACACUGGGAGCUUCCUAUUUCAGCCUCACUCCAGAGGCUGAGCUCAGAAUGUGCUCAGCAGCGGUGCAGGUACAGUCGGUGGUACCUGCUCUGCUCUCACCCAGGCACUCCAGAGCCUGGUGCCGGUGUGGUACUUCACUCCAAUGCCUCUGGACCGGACAUGUGUGCUAUGUCCUCCCAAUGUGACUGUCCAGUGGAAGCCUUUAGCCACUUGCUUCUUCUUUCAAGAGGAAAUAAAUUCCGUCGAGAAAACACUAA